AUGGAACGAUAUGAGAUGCAUCCUCUGAAAAGAGGCAAUGUACGCAUUGGCAACGGCGACUUGGACGGAGUUGCAAUUUCCUUUGAGCCUCCGAUUAAAGAUAGUUCGAAGGAACAAGAGGCUUCGCCCAAGCGACUUUUCAACUUCACGCAGAUCUUCUUCUUCUCACUCACCUAUCUGUCAAGUUGGGAAACCCAGGCUUUGAACCUGAGCACAGUACUCUCGAAUGGAGGCCCAGAAGCGUUAGCAUGGGGCAUUGUGAUCGUUGUAUUUGGUGCAAUGGCCCAAUCGGCCUCACUAGCUGAAAUGGCGUCAAUGCAGCCAAUUGCUGGGGCCCAGUAUCACUGGACAAAUUACCUGGCACCGCCGAGUCAGAAGAAAUUUAUCACUUGGAUGCAGGGCUGGGUGACCUGGUUCGCAUGGAUUUCCGUCCUGGCAGGAGUCGCCAACACCACUGCCACAAUGAUUCAAGGCCUGGCGAGUGCGAACUACCCAGAGUACGAGCCAGAGUCAUGGCACAUAACCCUGAUUAUCAUCGGCAUGCUCGUCGUAGAAUCCUUGAUGAAUAUGUACACAUUUUGGCUAAUUCCAUGGAUCGAGAUGCUGGCGGGUAUACUGCACAUAUGCCUCCUGAUCGUUUUUCUGGUUGUCUUCACCACAUUGGGAACCCGCCACAAGCCCGAAUUCGUCUUCUCAUACACGGAGAGCUCCUCGGGAUGGGCAAAGUUCCCCGCAUGGAAUAUUGGACUGCUCACUCCGGUCUGGGGUUUUGUUGGCUUUGAUGGCGCAGUACACAUGAGCGAGGAAGUAAGACGAGCAAAGCAAGCCGUGCCCCGCUCCAUAUUCUACACGGUUGUCACGAACGGCAUUCUAGCAUAUGCAAUGGUAAUCUGCAUGCUUUUCACAAUGGGCUCGGUGGAGCAAGCCCAGAAAGCCCGAUUCCCGAUAAUCGAGAUCUGCCAACAAGCAACCGGGUCCGUGAAAGCCGCAACCGCCAUGGUGAGCGGGUUACUCAUCAUCUCACUUUCGGUCAAUCUGGCGAGUAUCGCGUCUGUUUCACGAUUGACCUGGGCGUGGGCUCGUGACGGAGCAUUGCCUCGGUGGUUUGCUUAUAUUGACCGUCGACAUAAUGUCCCUAUACGCGCUGUGUGGCUUCCUGUCCUCAUUGUCAUGGUUCUGGCGUGCCUGAACAUUGCGGAUGGAGCGGCAUUUGGAGCGUUCGUGGCACUGGGAUCGAUUGGCCUGUUUGUGUCAUAUUUUAUUGCCAUUGGCUGUAUGGUGCAUAACAGACUGCAGAAGAAUGCGGCGACUCUGGGGGACUGGAAUAUGGGUGUCUGGGGUCUUCCGGUCAAUGUUUUCGCCCUGGUCUACACUGCCUGGGUGACGGUGUGGUUGGCGUUUCCGUCUGCGUUGCCGGUGACUGGAGAGAACAUGAAUUAUGCAGCGCCUAUAUUUGGAGUGAGUACUCUGUUUGCCUUUGUUUAUUGGCUCAUCAAGGGAAAGCAUCGAUGGGAAGGGUUGAAUAAGGAGGUUGUUCGGUUGGCUGUGGAAGGAGGGGAACUUCAAUUAAAGUGA